CCCCGCUCCGCCCCCGGCCCCGCCCGCCGCCGCCGCCGCCAUGUUGCGGCCGUUGGUGCCCGGUGCGGGGUGAGGCCUGCGCGGGGCCCGGCGGCGGCGGGGCCCUCCGAGGAGAAGCCGCCUUGCGUGGGUGGCAACCUGGAGCUCCCUCCCUGAGCGCUAUGGUCCGCGCUGGCUCGGGAGCUGCGCCGGAGCUGCCGUGGACCCGCGACAGCCCCCGGGAAUAGCGCGGCCAGCCAAAGCUUUCACCAUGGGGGACAUGAAAACCCCAGAUUUCGAUGACCUCUUGGCUGCUUUUGACAUCCCCGAUCCCACGAGCCUGGAUGCCAAGGAGACCAUCCCGUCAAGCGGGGAGGAGAACGAGAAUCACCUCAAGUCCUCGGGCAUCUGCAUAGAUGAGAACGUGUCCUUGUCCCACUCUUUGCCCCCCUCCGACGCGCCCGUCGUGAGCGUGAUAGUGAAGAACACGAGUCGCCAGGAGUCCUUCGAAGCAGAAAAGGAGGGGAAUCACCUUGGGACUGGUCUGCUACACAACGGCUUCCGCGGCUCUGAUCUGCCGUCGGAGGCUCACGCUUUAGUGCAUAAUUAUGGCAAGUUUGAGUCGACUUUUAUUAAUGGCGACAGCUCGAGAAGUUACUCUGAUAAACUGGACCAGUCCAAGUCGGAGCCUUUGCCAACGUUUAGUCAGUUUAGCCCGAUUUCCAGCCCCGAACCAGAGGACGCGUUCAAAGAGAACAGUAUUUGUGAUAAACCCAAACAUGCCCAAACUCCGUAUUUUCUACCGCCUUCAAUGUAUAUACCGACAGGAGCUUCAGUACUGGAUAAUCUUAGGAAGGUACCAGAGCCUGAAUUGAGCAUGUUUGAUCAGUACUGUAAAAAGGAACAGAAGAUGGAAAUCCACUGCCAGCCGGAGAACAGGCUGGAGAUGAGCAGGAGAGACCACAACAAGGCAGCGGAGAGGUUUGUGGAGUCAAGCAAGGACUUGGUAGAUACCAACAGCUUUCUUGGAGAAGGCUUGGUGUUUGGAGACCUCCCUCACAAUAAUUUAGGAGAAAGCAAGGGCUCUGUGCCCGAGCUAAAUGCGUCUUCGUCCGUUCCGCCUCGCCAGCGGUUAAAGCCAACUCAUUCCAAGUUGUCGUCCUGCGUGGCGGCGUUGGUAGCUCUUCAGGCCAAAAAGGUCGCGUGUAUUCCAAAAGGCGACCAGCCAAACCUUACCAAGGAACCUGGUCCUUUCAAAGACGGGACAAAAGGAAGUCCAAAAAUGCCCAAGUCACCAAAGAGUCCCCGAAGCCCCUUGGAGGUGGUGAGGAAGGCCGGCAAGCAGCCUGAGAGUCCUCGAAGCGUGUGCAGCGACAGCAGCGGGAAGGGCUCUCCUUCCAUGGCCGCCGGCUCUCCGCCAGCUAUUCCCAAAGUUCGGAUCAAGACCAUCAAGACAUCCUCUGGGGAAAUUAAAAGAACUGUAACAAGAAUUUUGCCAGAAAGCGACGAGUUGGGCAAAUCUUCGGAAGAGUCGCCUGCGGAAACCUCGUCUGCCGAAGAGUUUAUCAAAUCUUUCCCGUCCCCUGACACCAGCGCGGUUAUGGAGAGCGAGACUAGCAAGAAUUCAGGCAAAACCAGGGCUGCCGUGGCUAUCCAGCUGUCAAACACGAGUCCUUACAGGGAUGAUAUGAAAACAGAUCUCGCUGCAAACAGCGCGUGUGCCGUGUCCUUAUCUCCGCUGCCCAGCUGCGGCGGCGGGGCCAUAAAGGUGGGAGUGAAGAGGCAGCAGCAGCAGCCGUCCAGCGCCUCCAGCCUCCUGCCCAAAGCCGUGCACUUGGCCAAUCUCAACUUGGUCCCGCACAGCGUCGCCGCGUCCGUCACGGCCAAGUCGUCCACGCAGCGGCGAAACCAGGCGCAGGUGACGCAGAUGUCUGUGCCGCUGGUGCACCAGGUCAAGAAAGCCGCUCCCGUUGUUGUGGAGGCGUUUAAUAAAGUGCUGCAGAGCGCCAACCCGGUGCCCGUCUAUACUCCAAACCUUAGUCCUCCGCCUGACACCAGUAUUAAUUUACCUGCCUCUGGGUAUUGUUGCCUGGAAUGCGGGGACUCGUUUGCCUUAGAGAAAAGCCUGACUCAACACUAUAGUCGACGAAGCGUUCAUAUCGAAGUCAUGUGCACUCAGUGUUCAACGACGCUGCUUUUUUUUAAUAAGUGCAGCUUGCUUAAACACGCGCGAGAUCACAAGAGCAAAGGGUUCAUCAUGCAGUGUUCUCAGCUGCUGAUGAAGCCCAUUUCCUUAGACCAAAUGUUUUCACCUUCUCCUACGAGCUCUUCGGCCUCUCUGGCUCCGCAGAUGUUGCACUCACCGUCUCCUUCGCGUAAGUCCAGCGCCGCUUCGGGUGGCGGGGGCGGAAUUUCCGCGGGCGCUCAGCCGGCCCUGCCGCUCUACACGGACCCGCUGAGUCUCAUCCGGCACGGACUGAAGUGUUUGGAGUGCAACAAGCAGGCGCAGGAUUACGUCGCUUUAGCAGCUCAUUACCAGAGAAUCUCAGAAGAUAAUGAGAGACUGACGUGCCAGGUGUGCCAGAUGAUGCUGCCCAACCAGUGCAGUUUCUGCGCUCACCAGCGGAUCCACGCGCACAAGUCCCCGUACUGCUGCCCCGAGUGCGGCGCCGUCUGCCGCUCCGCGUACUUCCAGACCCACGUCAGGGAGAACUGCCUGCACUACUCACGCAAGGUCGGAUUCAGGUGCAUCCAUUGCGGAGUCGUCUUCAUGACCCUCGCCCUGCUCAAAGUCCACAUCCACGAGAAGCACUGCGAAGUCUUCCACAAGUGUUCCUUCUGCCCCAUGGCCUUCAAGUCGGCCGACAGCACCACGGCCCACAUGAGCAGCCAGCACCCGGCAGAGCCUCACAAGACUACUCAGGUGAUCUACAAAUGCUCUUGCGAGACGGUCUUUAACAAGAAGAAGCUGCUCCAAGAGCACUUCGAGCAGAACACCAGCAAGUUGUUAGUAGGGGUGUUUAAGUGCCCGCAGUGUCAGCUGGUCUAUAUGCAGAAACAGCAGCUAAUGCAGCACGUUAAGGGUGUUCACGGAGUCCCCCAAAAUCCUGAGGAGCUCUCCAAUUUCCGCCAGAAAUCUGAGAAGGCGUCAAGGAACCAGGUUCAUACCCCACCAAAGGAGCUGUCGGUCGCCAACGGGACUUCCCACCCCCCUGUGCCGAGGAAGGACAUGAGGCUGGAAGGACACAACCCCGAAUCCAAGUCCAGAUUGAGAAGAACUGGUUGGAUUUGCAAGGAAUGUUCCCAGUGGAUCCCCGAUCGGGAAACCUACGUGUCCCACAUGAAGAGAAACCACGGAAGGUCUAUGAAGAGAUAUCCCUGUCGACAGUGCGAACGCUCGUUUAACGCCUCCAACAGCCUGCGCAGACACAUCCGCAAUAAUCACGACACAGCAAAGAAAGUUUAUACUUGCUGGUACUGCACAGAUGAACAUCAGACCUUUCCUCAGCCGUUCAUGCUGGAGAAUCACAUCAGCCUCAUGCACGGCAUCAAAAACCCGGACUUAUCCCAGAUGGCCAAAGCAAAAGUUCCAGAGAGAGACACAGCAGAAGCAAAAUCUCCAAAGAAGACGGCAGCGGACGAGCUGGGUCAGGCACAGACUGUUGCGGGUUCGGACGCGCCGCCGGCCAAAAAACUGAAAGCGCACUGGAAAUGCGCGAAAUGCGGCUUUGCCACCGACGUCAGCGCCGAGUUUCAGGAACACAUCCCGCGGCACAAGACAGACAGCUCCACCUACCAGUGCUUGUUCUGUGGCUUGUGCUACACCUCGCACAUCUCCCUCAACAGACACCUCUUCAUCGUGCAUAAAGUAAAAGAUGAGGAGGAGGAGGAGGAGGAGGAUGAAGAGGAGGAGGAAGACGAAAGGCAGAAGUUACAAAGGGAGAGGGGUGAGAACGGACACAAGGGGUACAAUGGCGAGACGAACACUACGGCGGAAGAAGAAAACCCGAAAUGCAAAGAGUGCAAAAGUGACUCAGCUCUUUGUGAGCACAGUCAGACGUGCGGCGUGGAGGGGCCCAACAGCACCUCGCAGAACAAUCAUUUGAAGUCUCUUAAGACUUAAAAACAAAAAAGAACCCCUUUUGGUUGGUCGGGGGGGUUUUGUUGGGGGGUUUUUACUCAAAAGACGGGGUGGGGAUGGGGCGAAUCUUUGAAAUAUUCUGUUGAUUUCUUGGGGUGGACACAGCCUUCCGUUAACUUCUAUUUGUAAGGGAAAUUUAAAAAAGGAAAAAACAAAACCAAGCCAACCAAACCCUGCCAUUGCAUCCUAAGCGCUACCUCUCUGCCAGCCCAGAGAGGUGAAAAGGGAAAGCAGGGCGAGAAUCCUCGCUGGAGCUCGUGCAGCUCCUGAGGAUGGAGGAGCACUUUCUGCAGCUGCCGUUCCCCUCGGACGAGCUCUGUUCCUCCGCGCGCCGCCUCAGCCCUGCCCGGGGCCCGGCCUCGCCUUCCCCGUCUCGCUUUCUUUCUCCUGUUUAUGGCUUUCCUCUCUUCCCAUCCUGUCUUUGUUUUAUUCAUUUUCACUCGUGACACCGUCUCAGCAAAACUCGCUUGUCUGGACCGUGCUGGCCCAUCCGGGGGCUCCUGCGUGACACGGGAUGGGUUCGAGCUGCGAGCUGUGCUCAUUUUUGUUUAAUUGCCCAAAUAACCACCUUGUUCUCCAAAAGGCAAUUUAAUGAAAUAUCUUGGACAUGAAUCAUCCUGAAAGAGCAUUUUGUAGCCCCCAUCCUCUCAGGUGAGCACAGCUCAAAGCCGCGUGUCGGUGGGGCUGUGCUGCUGGACGCCGUCCCGGGGUGGGCAGAGCCGGGGGGCAGGUUGGCACCAUCCCCGGAAGGGGAAAACAUCUCCCGUCCCAUCCGUGGUGCUGGCUGGAGCCAAACCAUCACUGACCGUGUCGGCCGGUGUCAGAGCUCCCCGGCGGAUGGGUAUUGAGCUGCUGUGGUGAGGAGGGGAGCGUGGCCGCUGAGAGCAUGGCGGGAGCUGCCAUCCUGCAGCACCGUGAGGGCUGGAGUUCCGUCACCAGGGCUGGCGUCUGGCGGGAGCUCCGGUGUCCAUCACAAGGGCAUUUGGUUGGGACCUCUGGUGUCCAUCACAAGAGCAUUAGUUCCAUCAGGAGCUCCACUGUCUGUCAGGAGCUCUGGUGUCCAUCACGAGGGUGUUUGGUCAGGAGCUCUGGUGUCCAUUGCAAGCUCUGGUGUUGAUCGCGAGGGUGUUUAGUUGGGAGCCCUGGUCUCUCAGGAGCUCUGGUGCCCAUCAUGACGGCAUUUGGUCAGGAACUCUGGUCUCUUGGGAGCUCUGGUCUCUCAGGAGCUCUGGUGUCCAUCACGAGGCUGCUUGUUCCGUUGGGAGCUCCGGUGUCUGUCGGGAACUCUGGUGUCCAUCACAAGGGCAUUUGGUCAGGAGCUCUGGUGUCUCAGGAGCUCUGCUGUCCAUCACAAGCUCUGGUGUCUCAGGAGCUCGUGUCCAUCACACGCUCUGGUGUCCAUCACAAGCUCUGCUGUCCAUCACACGCUCUGGUGUCUCAGGAGCUCGUGUCCGUCACAAGCUCUGGUGCCCAUCACAUACUCUGGUGUCCAUUGCAUGCUCUGGUGUCCAUCACAAGGUCUGGUGUCUCAGGAGCUCGUGUCCAUCACACGCUCUGGUGUCUCAGGAGCUCGUGUCCGUCACAAGCUCUGGUGCCCAUUGCACGCUCUGGUGUCCAUCUCACGCUCUGGUGUCCAUCACAUGCUCUGGUCUCAGGAGCCUGUGUCCAUCACAUGCUCUGCUGUCCAUCACAAGCUCUGGUGUCUCAGGAGCUCUGGUGCCCAUCACAAGCUCUGAUGUCCAUCACAAGCUCUGGUGUCCAUCACACGCUCUGGUGUCCAUCACAUGCUCUGGUGUCUCAGGAGCUCGUGUCCAUCACACGCUCUGGUGUCCAUCACAUGCUCUGGUGUCUCAGGAGCUCUGGUGCCCAUCACAAGCUCUGAUGUCCAUCACAAGCUCUGGUGUCCAUCACACGCUCUGGUGUCCAUCACAUGCUCUGGUUUCUCAGGAGCUCGUGUCCAUCACAAACUCUGAUGUCCACCGCACGCUCUGGUGCCCACCGCACGCUCUGGCGCUGGUUCCGUCAGCUCUCCCGCGCGGCUCAGCGUGACUCCUGCCCUGGGAGCCGUUUCUUUCCGUGUGGUCACACUGACUCUUUCCUCGCUCACUCCCCCGUCUCACUCCUGCUUUGUGUAAUAUAAUUAUCUCCUCCGCCAUUAUUUUUAUUACGUUGAGCCAGAACCCUGCUCGUUAUUGUUUACUAUGACGAUGUUUAACUAAUUUAAGAACUAUUUAUCUUGUCGCAUUCGGCCCGCUCACCUCCUCGACGUGUUUUGAUACGAACACUUUGGACUCUUUGUACUUUUGAUACCUGCGGGCGGCCCAGGCCUGCCCGAGCGCGCAGGGCAGGCCGCAGGGGCCGCUCCCGAGCCGUCACGUCUCUAUUUACCCCGCAGCGGCGUCUGUGCCUUUGCUCUGAUGUUUACUUCGAAGUAUCGCCAAUAAACGCAUCCACGGUG